UGCGCGAUCCGCCUGGCCCAGACGGUGGGUUACGUCAGCGCGGGCACCGUGGAGUACCUGUACGGGGAGGAUGGCAGCUUCCACUUCCUGGAGCUGAACCCACGCCUGCAGGUGGAACACCCCUGCACCGAGAUGAUCGCGGACGUCAACCUCCCUGCUGCCCAGCUCCAGAUUGCAAUGGGCGUCCCCUUGCACAGGAUCAAAGACAUCCGGGUGCUGUACGGGGAGAGCCCCUGGGGCGACGGGCCCAUCUGCUUCCACAGCCCCACCAACACCCCCGUGCCCAGGGGCCACGUCAUCGCCGCCCGCAUCACCAGCGAGAACCCCGAGGAGGGUUUCAAGCCCAGCUCGGGGACGGUGCAGGAGCUGAACUUCCGCAGCAGCAAGAACGUCUGGGGGUACUUCAGCGUGGCUGCGGCCGGGGGGCUCCACGAAUUUGCUGAUUCCCAGUUUGGGCACUGCUUCUCGUGGGGAGAGAACCGGGAGGAGGCCAUCUCGAACAUGGUGGUUGCCCUGAAGGAGCUGUCGAUCCGUGGGGAUUUCCGGACCACUGUGGAGUAUCUGAUAAAGCUGCUGGAGACAGAGAGCUUCCAGAACAACGAGAUAGACACCGGCUGGCUGGACCAUCUGAUCGCCGAGAAAGUGCAGGCAGAGAAGCCGGACACGAUGCUGGGUGUUGUCUGCGGGGCUCUGAACAUCGCGGACGCUGCCUUCAGGACGUGCAUGACCGAGUUCCUGCACUCGCUGGAGAGGGGGCAGGUGCUGCCAGCAGACUCCUUGCUGAACAUGGUUGAUGUGGAGCUCAUCUAUGAGGGUGUGAAGUAUGUUCUCCAG